UCGAGUAAGCAAGAAAUUAUGGGCUUCAAUCUGACUGACCGGCUUAAUCUUCUGCGCUCAGAUAUGCUAUUUCGUGAGCAACACAGUCGAGGCAAAUAGUUCCGUUUGGACAAAGAAUCAGCACCAAGUAUCGACUGAAACCCUCACAGCUGUGCCUCACGAUAGUGACAACACGACAUAUAACAAAAUAGUUAUUAUAAUAGUUAGUAAUAGUUUGGCAGUGCAUUUAGAAAGUGUAGGUCCCAGGUGCUGUGUAAGAUGUAACGUUAUUUCUUUGAUUACCCGAAUCGAACUGUCAAGCCAAAGUGUUUUCACCUACUAGACAUUUCAAAAUAAAAGUCCCAGACGGCGAAGUACUGAAGAGAAGACGGCGUUAUCUAUUCAGCUGAUAAUUCAUGCAUAUUAUAUAAUGCAGUCUUUGUGACUAUGUUUGUUUAAAUAGUCUCUAAUUGUCAAAGUGAGAGCAGAAACGUUUUUGUCUCAAUGCAGCGCCCUGUUUGCAGUGCUAUUUAUUGCCUGGAGAAGAAGCAGAGUGUCUGUGGAGGACUCAGUCCUCAUCGUCUGGACAACGGCAUCGUAGCAAAUACAAGACAGACAUCUUUUUUUCUCUGGCCAAUCCAAAACCAGAAACGUGAUAAGGCUGACUUUACUGCCGCUCUUCCGCGAAACACGGCCAGUCGGUCAAACUGCCUUUGCUGAAGCCCACGUUCAAAAUGCACCGACUCAGUCAGUCAGUCAGUCACCAGCGGUGGAGAGACUGACCGGGAGAUGAAGCAGCUGGAACUGAUACAAAUGAACUAGACGUGACAGUGCAAAUGCAAGGCUGUCACUCUUUUAAAGCUGAGAGAUGGACACACAGUGUCACGCAGAAAAGUUAUAAAAUGAAGAUUACGAGUUGGUGUCAUUUUCGUGUCAUCAUCGGGAGCUCGCUCUGACAGGAACAAAGAAGUGAUGGCUAAGCAUGAGGAUAAGCAGCAGAGGCAGCAGUCCUGCAAGCCGGUGGGGGCUCCGGAUGGUGGUUGGGGCUGGGUGGUGGUGGGAGCACUCUUCAUGAUCUCUGCACUGGUCUUUGGACUCCUGCGCAGCCUAGGGGUCUUCUUUGUUGAAUUUGUGCAGUACUUUGAGGAGAGUGCUCAGGCUGUUUCCUGGAUAACCUCCAUAGGAGUGGCCAUGCAACAGUUAUUGAGUCCUAUAGGCACAGCUGCUUGUAAUGCCUAUGGAGCACGUCGUGUUAUUAUGCUGGGAGGCUUCCUUUCUGGACUGGGACUCAUUCUGGCUUCUCAGGCCACAACACUCACCCACCUUUACCUCACCAUGGGAAUCAUUUCAGGUUCAGGCUGGGCUCUGGUCUUCACCCCUGGUGUGGCCUCAGUGAUGCAGUAUUUCACCAUACGACGCUCUCUGGCCAUGGGCCUGGGCUUUACGGGUGUUGGCCUGUCCUCCUUCGCCUUCUCUCCACUCUUCCAGUACCUAGUGCAGACGUACACUUGGCGAGGGGCGCUGCUUAUACUAGGGGGUCUCAGCCUCAACAUGAUGGCCUGCGGAGCCCUAAUUCGACCUCUUGGACCCCCCAAAGUUGUGGAAAGGGCUGAAAGUUCCGCUAAGUCCAGUGGCUGUGGCUCUUUUUUUUCCCGUGCCUGUGAUUAUUUUGAGCUGUCGCUGCUCUCACACCGAGGCUUCCUCACCUACAGCCUGGCCGUCACCUUCUUUAAUGCUGGCUAUUUUAUCCCUUAUGUCCACCUGGUGGCCCACAGUCGCCUCGUUGGCUUCAGCGAGUACCAGGCUGCCUUCGUCAUUUCUGCUACAGGCAUGACGGACAUUCUGGGGCGUGUGGUAUCAGGCUGGGCCUCGGACCUGCAACGCGUUCGGACAGUCCACUUGCUGACCACCUGGACGGGAUUAGUAGGCGUCUUUCUCUUGUUGCUGCCACUGUGUUCUCUGGGAGGAAACUAUGUGGGGCUGCUGGUGGUCAGCCUUGCGUAUGGGUUCUGUGCCGGGGCCUUGACGCCACUGGUGUUUGCAGUGGUGCCGCAGAUUGUGGGGAUGGAGCGCAUGCUGGGAGCACUUGGCCUUCUGCAGCUUAUAGAGAGUGUGGGAGGCCUGCUGGGAGCACCAUUUUCAGGCUGGUUGAGGGACCUCACAGGCAAUUACACUGGCUCUUUUGUGGUAGCCGGCGGGUUCCUCAUCUUGGGCACCAUAAUAACAGCGACCCUUCCCCAUUUCUUUUCCUGCACAAACCCUCCACCCCCAUCACCAAAGAAAAAGGCCAAAAAUGAGUGCACUGAAGAUGGGUUGCUUAAACAGACAUUCUCCUCAGACUGUGACCACGAGAAGUUGCACGCCCUGGAGGAUAUGCGUUACUCCGACAGAGAUUCAGGGAAAGCCUCAUAUCACAAUCACACGACAGAACCAGGUUCAGAAGCAGAGCACGUACCUCUCACCGCAGACAGGACAGAGGCUGAGGGAGCAUGUGUUUGACACAGGAACUGACUGACUGCUAAUUUUAACCUGCCUGUUUUUAGUGUGAAAGAUAUCAGUGCUGUGUUUAGAGAGAGACCACUGUAGCAGGAAGAGGCAGUGAUAGUAACCCUGACAGAGGAAACCAUCAUCACAGUCAACCUGUUUUACAUCACCUCAGGUAGGCCUAAAAAUGCACUGUGUAUUUGCUACUUUCAGUCGUUGAUAAGGUUCCGGUGGUCUGUAUUGAUUCUGUACUGUCAAUUUUUUUUAUUUUGUUUUUUUAUGUUGACUUUUAGGGUAGGAUAAGGGUGAAAGUGAGAAAUUGUAGUUAUUGCAGGCAAAAUAUUUCUGUAGGCUAACACAGACGCACAGAAGCACUAGAAGCUGACAUACCAAUAAAAUACAGGGUACUGUUUCACAUCCUACAGAUGCUAUGACUUCCACCAUUACCAUAAUAACAGCCUUAAAAAUGGUUCAGGAUUCCAAAGCUGUGUCCAAAAUCGUGCCCUAUUCACUAUAUAGUACACUGUUUUGGGGUUACGCCAAUUUGUAGCGGUGUCCAACAACAUAUUUAAGUUGCACUGACUCCAUACGCCCUGUGUUGACUCUAGACUUUUUAUUUUAAAAUAUAAGUUAUAAAGAGGUACAAAUAUGCCCCUUUCCUCUAGGAAAGUGAAUGUAGUGCACAUUCAAAACUCAUUUAAGGUACACAAUUGUACCCUUUUUCUGACAGUGUCCAUGACCAGGAGCAUGAGCUGAAUAGCAGGCAGAUACAGUGCCACAGCACACAUUUGCACUCAUUUUCACAUGGAAAAUAUCCUCUUUGUACUUGAUAAUUGAAAAUGAUGCUUAUCUUGAAGGCGCUCUUGGUCAGAACUUUGAAAGCGGUGUACAGAUGCUGACAAAAUUACCUUUACCCUUUUGGCAUUAGCGGAGGCCCGUUCCGAUGACACAGCGGUAAUAAUACCUUUACCCAUACUUUUACCUCUCACUGAGAGAAUCUGCACUAACAUGCCUUAAAACAUGCUCAAUGCAUGUCUUAGUUUGAUACUUUAUUUGUGAAGUCAGUGUGAUUAUGUGAUCUGUCUGUUUUUCUGUUUCUUGAUAGGAAUCCAGUGCUGAUGUUUUUGUGUUUUUUUGUUUUGUUUUUUUUGUUUUUUUUUCAGAGAUGAGUUCUGGUGUUUGUGUUUCUAGUGUUAGUGUAGAGACAGUGUUGUCUAAAUUUGACACCAGUCUUUGUUGAUAGUCUGACAUUGUGAAGAUUUUAAAUGUUGAUAUUGGUUAGUUAGCACCUGUUGACACUCUUAACACAGACGUCUUAAAGCUUGAGGGGCCAUGUGAAACAAAACUCAAUGCCAUGAAAACACACAUUUUGCCACUGUUCCUAGAAACACAACUGUUGCUUAUGAGUGGGCAUAACCUUUACAAAGAAAUAGGUGUUUUAUUCAAAGGCCAGUGGAUGGAUGGGUUCAUUAUUUGGUGACAUUCUUAAGCUGAACUUGUACAUAUUAGCCAGCCAUGUGUUUGCAGAGCUGUUUUGGUUCAGUGGCAGGACAGAGCAAUUUACUCAUUGACCACCUACGUUGUUUUUUAUUUGUUGGAACAGUUGGGGAAAUGAGGCCCAUUGUUUUUAAGGGUUAUUGUUAAUUUAAGGGGUUACAUUCUGAAUCACAUUUGAAAGUAAUCCAUCUGAAAGCUACCCUUGGAUAUUUCAUUCCUGUGGAUUUUGUUGUACAGCAUACCAAUAUGAGCGAUUUCUCGUGUGUGAGCCACUGAAAUAUUCAGAAGGCCUGGAGGUCAGAAAACCUGAGCAGCCAGCUGUGAGAUCUGCAGUUUCUUUAGUUUGGUUUUACCACACUGAGGUGGGUAGCACAUCAGAGGUAGUGCUUUAAAAAAAAACUUGAUUUGCUUUGAACUCUGGUCUUAAAGCUAAAUAUAUGAGCCUUAAUCUGCAGUGGCUGGCAGCCUCGCUAUUGCCAACCCUCAUGUUCACACAAGAGGAAAGUUUUAAAAUGCACACAACUCUAAUCUCUAUAUCUGACACACAGAGGAACCCAUGGGCUUUUAGAAAAAGACCCAUAUAGCUGCUGUUAAUAAAGAUUACUGUACUGAUCAUAGAAUUGCUUGUCUGUAAAAAAACAUCAUUAUGCCAGGCAAGAGUGCAUUUUUCUUUACAUUUUGUCUUAUUUGAUAGCUUUAAUAUAUUUAUCAUUUGAAUUGUAUGUUUUUUUCACUGCUAACUUGUGACUGAUAAAUUUAGGCCAGUGUGCAAUACCUAGAUAAUGAAUUACAUGAUGAGUCAGAGACCCAAAGGAUUAAUAUCAUAUCAUUUUGUGAAGCUGAUUUCUCAAACAAAGAUGAGUAAAUAAUAGGUGGAGUGGAGUUCAGCUGAGGUUUGGGAGUAGCUGACUCAGCCUGUUCUUUUCUCUCUGUCCGAUGACGUCAUGUGCCUGAGGUUCUGACCCCAUUUUGCUGACACGCUCAGCUCUUUCCAGGAAAAUGACUACGCACAAAUACAUGUGAUUAUUAUGUUCCAAGUUUAAUUACUGAGGUUUUAACUUUGAAGUGUAUAUUUAUAAAUUUAAUAAAAUUUAUUUCUCUGUAUUUCUUUUAUUAAGAUUACUGAAUGUGGAAUAUUGAAAAUGCAAGAGAUAAAACAAGAAUAAGUUGCAGCGUUUUGGUUCUAAAAUUUGAUUGGCUAAUCUACGUUCGAAGCUGCUGUAAAAUAAUGGACAUGCACACAAAUAACAGUAUAACUGAUGUACACAUCAGUUGAAUUGUGCCUAGUUAUUUAAAACAUUGUGCCAUACAGGCAAUAAUUUUGAAUGUUAUGUAACUUGGCAACUGUAGCCUACUGCUAACAAACUAGUGUUUAUUAUUAAAUUAAUUUAGUGGUAUUUUA